AGAGAUGAUACAAGUGCCUUUGACCGUCAAGAAGGGUCCUGCAAGGACGUAUUUAUUUCGUUGGUCUCCGGAUUAAUUAUACUAACGUGGAUAUGUACAGUAUAGGGCACGUGAAAACGUUGUAGACGUUUAGAGACGUUCUUUCAGAAAUGCCUGCCUUAAUUACCAAGAGUUCUUUACUGCUAGUAAUUCUUCUGUAUUCCGAUGGUGAUGCAGACUUGGAGACCGAUUUUUACGCAGCUGGCAUAGAGAAAUGUAGACAGUUGGACAUUAAGAGAAGUGAUUCUCUUUAUCCUGAGGACGUUGUUAAAACGACGAAGAUGUCAAACUACUUCUCCUGCUGCGCUUUGUGCUCCUAUCAGGAGGGAUGUCAUUACUUCCGGUGGGAAGCGUCCGAACGUACAUGCUCUCUCCUCAGUAACAACACAAGCCAUGAUAUGAAAAAGUGUUCGUAUCCAGCACACUUUGGAUGUCUCAUGAGUCCUUGUGGUUAUCAAGAGGUGUAUAUCCCAGUACAGGCUGGGCGGGCCUACUUGUGUCUCAAAGCUCGCAAAGACCUCGGCUCUCCCUGCUACUCUGUACAGGACUGUGGCGGCGGUCUUCACUGGGAGUGUACCGGUGGUAGAUGUCGCUGCCGCCUUGGAUACCUACACUCCAUGUCUCAUCGCCACUGUCAGAGAGAAUGUGACGUCCCCAGUAGCGUGUUCGAGGCCUACAACGAUACGGGAGUAGGAGGGUUCAAUUUGAUGAGCCUCAGGAAUAUCCAAUCCGUCAACGACUGCCUCCCUGAAUGUGUCAACCUCUCGGCCGUAUGUCGCCAUGUUGAACACGGUUGGGCAUCAGCGAAGUGUUUCCUGUCCGACAAGGCUUGGUUCGAUGUCCCCGAAGGAAACCAACUUCUUUAUGAUCCAGGAUACGCACUCUAUCUGAGGCAGUGUGUCUGAUCCGCAGGGGCGGUGGGGUAGCCUAGUGGUUAAAGUGUUGGCUCGUGACGCCGAA